GCGUACUCGUUGUCGACGGUCGCCAGGGAUGGAAUACAACCCCCACUUUCAGCACCGCCGCCGAACAACUUCCCUGCCGCCGCUACGGCUGCCACGGUGCCCGACGACGAGUGACUGAGUCCUCCGAUUAUUAUCUCAUUUGCUGGCACGAGCAGCACGCGACACCGCUGUCAGGAUCCAUAGAUCGCCGCCGCAACUGCCGCCACAGCCGCCUCCUCUGGAUCACAGACUAGGACCAUACCUGACGCGCAACCUGUCCGCAACCGUGUACAGCGUUGACCUCCAAAGACCAGGAACAUGACAACAACCACAGGCGAUCCGUCGACGCUGAAGAGUCCAGCCUCGCUCUCCGGCGGCGAUUUGGUUUCCCGCUUGCUGGCAGCGACUCCUCCAUAUCUAUACAAUGUGCCGUUAACGCCGCACAGUUUCUUCUUCAGUGAAAUGUUGCGGUCGUUCGUACAAGCGAAAACCGAAGUAUCGUCCACGAACAGCACGACGAACGCGCCAAGACGUCGCAAGAGAUCUUGGCGAGAUGCACGAGAUCGCCCGUUAGAAUUGACCACGAAGGAGAGGCAACACCAUCAUCAUCACCAUCAACAACAGCAACAGCCGCCGGACAAGUAUUUUCACGGACAGCAGCAACCGCAGCCGGCGGAAGCGCGAUUGGAGAACCGAAGCAAGCAGAGCGAUGGCUACGAUCCCGAGAACAAAAUAAGGAACUUCGAGCAGAAACCGAAUUUCGGGGCCGACAUUAUGAAACCGGUGGACGACAGUAAGUCGGAUUUCGGCAAGCAGAGCAAGAAUUUCUUCGACGAGCGGCCGCACCACUUCGAGCAGGCUCAGCCACCGGAAAAUCUGUUCGCUGGCGAAUUACAGAAGGUGAAACCCGAGGAGUCGCUCUCGAACGAUCGCAAGAAUUGCAAUUACAACGACAGGAAUAUUUACGACGAUCACACGAAAAGCGCGAUUAAUAACCAAGAGUUACCGCCGUUGAUGCCGGACCAGAAGAAGCUCGACUUCUCGAGGAAUUUCCUUCCCGGUCUUCCCGGAAGGGGUUGUGAUAUGCUUCCGGGCGUCAAGGGAUUCGGUUUACCCGGAAACGUGACAAACUCGGAAUUUCUUCCCAGCCCUCUUUGGUAUCCACCUUAUCCGAUGCCCCAAUCCUAUCCAGGAAUCGAUCCGUUGCACUUUUUCAUCGACCUUCGCGUAUCCGGUCACAUCUGGGACCGGAAGCUCAGCGAAAGGCAGCUGCCGUUCAAAGGCAAACACUGCUCGGCCUUCAGCGUGCCACAAUCGAAGGAAUACAACAGCAAUCGACCGCUGAAUUUGACGAGGGACGAGGCUAGCACGUCCAAGAGCAGCGAGGAGAAUCCACACGGUACCAAUUAUAUCCUGAGACAGCUCACCAGGACGUACAGGGAGAUAGGACAGUCCCUGAAAGAGUCGAGAAGCGAAAUGUCUACUUCCGGCGAUAGCGAAGACAGCUCGAAAGACGUCGAUAACAGCGAGAAAUCUCCGAAGCCGGAGGAGAUCGCUACGGGUUCUACGUGCCCAGAAGAGGAGAGGAAGGACCUUCGGGCGUUAAUAGGACUGGAGUUGGUGGUGGAUUACGUGAAGGAGCCAAAGGGCGAUCCCUCGAGCGAGCAGACUUCGCAAGUAACCGAAUAACUUGUAAAAAUCGAACGAUUCUUUCUCGUUCUUGACCGUAUAAAUAGAUGUAGCUCUAACACUUACAAACUCGGCUGGUUUUUAUACGACUAUGUCGUAUAUACAUAUAGAGGUUUAAAGAAAAAGGCAACAAUUUUUCAAUUCUACGUUGCGAAAUAAACUUAAUAAUUCUGUCCUUCGUUUCGUGCUAUUUUUUGUGACGCACUUUAAUUUCGGCAAUUUUUCUAACAACUUGUUAUUAUUGUAUUUUUAUAAAUUAAAACAUAGCACAUCUCAUGUUUCUAGAACAGAAUAUAUUUUCGUAUUUCCUUUCUCUAAUUUAAUGUUUAAAACGAUUUUGCACAUUAGAGAUAAAACGAACAGCCACGAAUCUGCAUCGGUGCUAUUUGUUGCGUAAAAUCAUAAAAACGUUACUCUAGUCAAACACACCAAACGAUACUCGAUUAUGGAUUCACGCUCGACGUGUGAUCGAAUACAGCGUCUAACUUACGACAUUUUUUGAUAUCACAAUUUAAUCACGCACUUUCCAGACACACUGAGUUUUUCAUUCAAAUAUCUUACAUCGUUGUGUCCGUCGUUCUUUGAAAAGACAAACUUAAAUUCAAGACGCCGAAACGAAAGGGUCGGUUUCUAGCGAGGAGACGGAGGAUCUUAAAGAUCCCUCGAGGGUGAAGAACAUCCAACUCCGAAUUCGACUAUAUAUGUGAUAUGCGCUGUACAUAUUGUAGUAGUUGUAUCUAUAUGUAUUAAUAGAAGUCACUGAACCUGUAUAUUAAACGUAAUAAAAGUAAUGCGAUUCAAUCACGUGA